GGUUGAACUUAAUAACCAACAACGUAAGUUUGAAAUAAAUUUUUUGACCCGAACAUUACAUAUAUUGCAAAAAAUUAGGCAAAAUAUAUUGGACCCGUUUUGGACCCGGAUCCGUUGGACCCGACGGAUCCGGAUCCGGGUCUUCAUUUUCUAGACCCGACGGAUCCGAGUCGGAUCUGAAUCCUAUAUACAAAAACGGAUCUGGACCCGGGUCCAUCCGAACCCGGUCCAGAUCCGACCCGUUGCCAUCCCUAGACACAACCCUCCACACCAACAUGUUUCAAAAAAAAAAAAAAAAAAAUAAAAAAUAAAAACUCAAAUUAUUAUCUUUGAAACCCAGAACUGUACUACUGAAAGGACUGCAUACCAAGAACAUGGCUAAUUCUCUCUCUUCCUCUCUCCAAUCACUGCCAUUUCUUCCAUUUUCAACUUCCUUAAACCCUAAUUUCAUCGAUUAUACUCGUCCACAAUUUACUGGAAUAAGAAGAAGAGGAAGAAAAGCCUUACAAUUAGUUAUCCAAGCUAAUUCCAGCAACCAAAAUUCUGAUGAAAUUUCCACAAAAUUGGUUACUUUUCUGGGUAAAGGAGGUUCUGGAAAGACCACUGCUGCUGUCUUUGCUGCUAAACACUAUGCAAAAGCAGGAUAUAACACAUGCUUGGUGACACAUUCUAUGAACCUCACUGCUGAAUACCUUCUAAAUUGCAGUAUUGGAACAACGCCGGCCAUAUGUAGCGACAACCUUUCAGUUGUUAGGUUGGAAACAACUAAAAUGCUUCUUGAACCUCUUAAGCGGCUAAAGAAAGCAGAUGCUAGUGUUAACAUGACACAAGGGGCCCUUGAAGGGAUUGUUGGGGAAGAGCUGGGAGUGCUUCCUGGAAUGGAUUCUAUAUUUUCUAAUUUUGCCCUUGAAAAGUUUGUUGGAACUUUGGGAAUCAAAGCUUUGAGAACUGAUAUCAAGGACAAAUUUGAUGUUGUCAUAUACGAUGGUGUAAGUACCGAGGAGACUUUACGAUUGAUAAGUGCUGCAAGCAGUGCAAGACUUUAUGUUAAGUAUCUACGUAGCUUAGCCGAAAAAACUGAUUUUGGAAGAUUGGCUAGUCCAUCAAUGUUAAGAUUAGUAGAUGAGGCCAUGAAUUCUAGUGGAGGUAGCUCCACUUUCAAUGGGAAAUUGAGUUCAGAAAUAUGGGAUUCUCUUGAGAGGAUUCUUGAGAGAGGAGCUUCAACAUUUGCAGAUCCACAGAAGUUUGGCUGCUACAUUGUAACAGAUCCAUGCAAUCCCAUAUCUGUAAAUACUGCAUUGCGUUACUGGGGAUGUACAAUACAAGCUGGUGCAAAUAUUUCUGGAGUACUAGGCAAAGCUUCUCAACAGUCUUCUGUGGAAUCUGUGGAAAGUGUCAAAGAUACUUUCUUGCAUUUACCAUUUGCUUACAUUCCAGAUCUUGGUAAACAUUCUUCCUUGGAUUGGGAUAUGAUAAUUUCGCAUGCUGAGAGUAAAAAUGCCAGAGAACUUCUGCAACUUCCGAAUGAGAAACCUAAAAACGUAAUGUCCCCAAUCAAGUUUGAUCCGUCAAAUAGAUGUAUCACUCUUUUCAUGCCUGGUUUCGCCAAGUCAGAGAUCAAGCUCUAUCAGUAUCGAGGUGGAUCAGAGUUGCUGGUGGAAGCCGGGGACCAAAGAAGAGUCAUCAUGCUACCUCGUGGUAUUCAAGGUAAGGUAGGAGGUGCUAAAUUUACAGACAGAAGUCUUGUAAUUACAAUGAAAUAGUGAUUCUCUCGAAGUGAUUGAUAUAUCAGAAGCAUGGGCUGAUUAUCAAAGUAAUAAGGUUGUAACAUAUCUUUUGCCCCUUCAAAGGUGCUAACAAAUCAGUAAUUUAACCAUUUAUAGAGCUUCAUUUUAAAGCCUGGGAUAACUUGAUACGGUAUUUUAAGCCUGAAGAAUCAAAGCUAUUGUUCAUUCAUUCAAUUCACAACUAGUCUUCUGUAACCUUAUCAAUAAUCCCUGGUGUAUGGUUGUUCUAAUAUGGAACCUAUACAUUCAGUUUCUCAA